GUUCUUCUAGAAGCAAUAUGCAAACAAUAUGAAAUAUAACCAGAUCAUAUCUUGUUUCUUCAGCAAAGCAAAGGCGGCAACACUCAAAAAACUUAGCAAGUUUUGUGAAAUUGACUAUUUCAAUUCACAAAUUACAUGCGUAAUCUCCAGCACAACUGCGGAGUUAAGACUAAUUUGAAAUUGUGAGCCUUGUUGGAUGAAUGUUGAUGCACGGCACAUGCGUCAAGGGUCAGUAUUGAGCGAAAAACUACAAUCCCAGAGUUCUGUGCGUGAGGAGGCACAGUUGAGUGACAGUACAUGCGGCGGUGAGGAUAUUGGUAAAUGUACGGCAGGCUGCAAACCUGUAUAGCCUCCCUUCUUUAGCAUUUUAAAAACUAUUGGAAAUGUUUGUAUUACUGUUAACCGCAGGUUUGGGAAUGGUUGUUCUGCUAUCAGUUUUAUUUGCUCCUCACAUCAGGUAUGUAUAAUGUAUCGAAUAACUGCAUGCAGCUAAUCAUAUUCUUUACGAUAUUCCCGGAAUACCUGUUUUACUGCUUUAUUUCUCUGAGAUUAAGCAUAAACUUGACACCCUUUACAGCAUUAUGUAACCAAAGACUUGUUUUAUAACGUCGUUAAUGUUUUUGAUAUAACCGCAGAGAUACUGUGUAAUGCCUGUACGGUGACAUACACACAAAGAUUUUUGUUUAAUUAUUUGAAGCAUUUGUAGGUUAUGGUUUUUCAGAUAAUUGUGUUGCUUUUAUACUUGUGAAAUAAUUCAUUUAUGGACGGCCACCAUUCAAAAGCUGCCUUUUCAUUUUUCCACCUACUGAACGAUUUGCAAGUGGGCGGAGUUACAGCAUAUGUCGCUAUUUGAUUGGUUAUGUCAGUUUUUGCGUAAUAUGACCCGACUGAGAAAUGUUCCAACAUCAUAAGCAUAUAAUAUAUAACAAAGGUUUGUCCUGUUAUUGAAAUGUUAUUUCGGCGAGUGAUCGAAAUUACAUGAAUAUUAAGACGGUAUUACAUGCAGGUGGCUAUAAUUCGCUGAACUCUUCCUUCCCUCGUCAGCAUCUCAUAGUUGUAAUAAAUAUGGAUCGGAGACAGAACCCGUUGGUAUCAGGGUUCAGUACAUUAUAUAUGAUAAUUGCGUAACCCGAUCCACUACUUCAGAAGUGAUGCUAGAUGUUAUGUUUUCCCUGUUCGUUUAUACAUUGGUGGCCUGGAUAUUUAUGAAUUGAAUGUAUUUGAUGCCCCAGUUUAGUAGGCUGCCUUGGAUCGUUACAUAGAAAGACAUGGCUUUAUGUAUUUUUGUUGGUUGGUUAUGUUUGAUUAACUGGGGCAUCUAGGGGAUUUUAAGUUGUAGGGGAAUAGAAUAGUGAUACUUUUAUACAUUCAGGGUCUCAGACAGCAUGGCGCAUAAGGUUGCAGCAGAUCCUUGACGGAACGCCAGUCCAUUACAAGGCACACACUUGUUCACAGUCACACACACAAUCAUACUGUAUGGGCAAUUUAGGGACACCACUUCUAGCUUUUUUAGGACUGUGGGAGAACAUUCAAAGUCCACGCACACAAAAUAGAGACAGGAGUGGAACAGCUGACCUUGGAAGUAUGGAAAAUAUGCCGCCGGGGGGGUAUGUAUGUCCCAAGUCCGACUGGAUGGGAAGACAGCACUGAUCACUGGAGCCAAUACGGGGAUUGGCAAGGAGACGGCACAGGAUUUAGCAGCACGAGGAGCUCGGGUUGUGCUGGCUUGUCGAGAUGUGGAGAAAGGUGAAGAGGCAGCGGCCGACAUCCGCUCCAAGGUGCCGGGGGCAAAGGUUGAGGUGCGAGAACUCGACCUGGCCGACACCUGCUCUAUUAGAGCAUUUGCACAAAGAUUCCUCAAAGAGGUGAACCACCUACAUAUUUUGGUCAAUAAUGCUGGAGUAAUGAUGUGCCCCUAUAUGAAGACCACAGACGGCUUUGAAAUGCAAUUAGGUGUUAAUCAUCUAGGUCAUUUCUUGCUGACGUACCUCCUGAUCGGGCUGUUAAAGCGCAGCGCCCCAGCUCGCGUCGUCGUCGUAUCCUCAUGGGCUCAUGUCUUCGGCUGGAUCCGCUUCCAUGACCUGCAGAGUCUAGGCAGCUACAACAGUGGUCUUGCUUACUGCCAGAGCAAGCUGGCCAAUGUGCUGUUUGUUCGGGAACUGGCACGCAGACUUGCAGGUUCUGACGUGACCGUGAACUCAGUGCACCCAGGGUCCGUGUGCUCAGACCUGGUUCGGCAUUCGACUGUGAUGUCCCUGCUCUUUGCACUUUUCUCCAUCCUCCUCAAGACGCCGCGGGAAGGUGCUCAGACGUCCGUGUACUGCUCUGUGGCCGAGGAGCUGUACCCUGUCAGCGGAAAGCACUUCAGGUGGGAGGUGGACGGGGAAUCGCCGCUGCGGCAGCUCUACGAGGAGCUCAGACAAAUCGCCAGAAGUCCUUCAUUCAAAUACACCACCUCUGAUUUAUUUAAAGGCAGAGGACGCCAUUUCUUUAGGGCAGCUGUUUAUGGAAAAGUUAUCUAGAAUUUCCUUGCCUUUAGUCGAGUGUCAGGUUGUUCCUUGCCAAAGUUUGCUCCGUGGUGACGGAUGUAUUGGUUUCAUUCACGCAGCGACUGCGCCACUGCGUUUGUGGCUCCCCAGGGAAGAAGUGACAAGACAGCCCGCCAGCUGUGGGACGUCAGCUGUGAGCUGCUGGGCAUUGAAUGGGAAUGACUACUGUUUAAGCUCACCCCUGCCUGCAGCUAACAAUGGAAUAUUCCAUCAUUCUCCGUUCUCCAUGUGAGCCUGACCAGGAUAAGCAGUUGGUGGAUGGAUGGAUCCAUUCCAUUUCUGCUGUGACUCCAGCUUUCUCUGCUUUUUAUCACGCUGCUGCUGUGUGGUUUACUAGUGAGCGGGGGGGUAGAGAGAAAUUAAUUAAACCAUUCAUUUUUUAUCCAUUGUCUUAAUUAAUGCUGAUUUAGUGAUUAAGUUACUUGUGUUGGAUUAUACAGUUUUUUACUUGGCCGUUCAGUUUGUAAAUCUGCAGGUGCAUUUUGUGUUAAGCAUUUCUUUUGCUGCUUUUGUUGUCAUAUUUAGAGGGGAAGCUGUUUAAGCUGAACAAAGAAAUGAACAUAUUGCUUUUAAAUAUUAAUGAACUUGCAUAGUUUGAUGCUGGUGUUAGUUCUUCAUGAUACAGUGCAUCUGUUUCCUACCCACAAAAGAUUUUCCAUUAGUUUUCAUAUGAGUUGUCUUAUCCUGUGAUUUAUUGGCCAUCAAGCAGCAUAUAAAACUACAGCAAAUUACACAGCCAACUUUUUGUAUAUAAAUUGCAAUUUUUUGAUUAAACUGUUGAUAAUGUUCUUAUUCGGCUAUAUUAAAUCCAGGUCUGUAUUCAUUGGAAUUAAACUGUUUUAGCAACA